AUGAUUUACAAUUCUACAACAACUCCUCCAAAUGAAGACUCUUAAUGCAAACCUAUUAUUCAACUAAUGUCAACAAUGAAUUAGUAAUAAAUGAGAGUACGUAAACCUACAAAAGAAAGUAGAAAUAUUCAAUCUGAAACUUAAUAAAUUAAAAUUACUCAUCCAAAAUCUCCCACUUUAACAUAAGUUAGUGUAUAAAUUGCAUCUGAAAGAGCAUCACCUCAUAAUUAAUAAGAUUUACUACUUAUAAAUGAAGAACCUAGCAAUAAAGAGGAUUCUCAAUAAUUAAGUAUGAUAAAAAAAUAGAAUGAUUCGGAUUAAUUAUUUAGGAAAUCUAUUUUUAAUAAGAAUAGAUGCUCUCAUUCAUCCUUUUCUUUACUAUACAGAGAGAAAAUUACACUUAUUUCUUAAUUAAUUCUUUCAAAAAAGUAAUUUAAGUUGAUUAAUGAUAUUUCAGCACAAUACUUUUUCCCAUUAAAACAUUAAAUACAUAAAUUCUUUAAAAGUGAAUCUGUUUCAAAACUUUUUAUAUUCACUGUCUAUAUUAUUUUUUUAUUAUUUUAUCUCACAAUCUUAUUGAUUGAAAUUGGGUGUAAUUAAUUGUUAAUAUCUAAUUUUUCUAUAUUCCAAUACAUUAUGUUUGCUACUCAAAUAGUGGAAUUUUCAUAUUAAAUUAUGUUUUAUAACGGAGAAUUUUGGAAUAUCAUUAUUGAUAAUAUUGGUCUAAUACCAUUUAUUUCAUAUUAAAUUGAUAAUUUAGAAUCUUAGAAAUUAAUUUAUUUAUUAUUUUUAAUUAGAAUUAGAAAAAUUAAUAAUUUUAUGUAGAAUUUAAAUUAUUAUUACUCAAAUUAAUAACAAUAUAUCUUUAUCAUUUAGACAACUAUUUAAUUACAUUUUUCAACAUUUUUGGCUUAAACUAUUAUUUUCAUGUUUGCAUAAGAUCAAUAAGAUUACAUUUUAUAUAUAUAAAAUAUCUUUACAAUUUUAUUCACAACACCCUUAAUUAUUGGCAAAUGCUACUUUCUCAUAUAUAUUAUUAAAAUACUAUUGAUAAUAUUUUAUUUACACAAAUUUAGACAAAUUAUUAGUUAUAAAUCCCUUAAUUUUGAUUGUUCUUUUUUUUAUUAACCAAAAACAUAAAAGCUAAUUUAUGAAUAUACAUAUACAUAGUAAAAAUAAAAAAAGUUUGAUAUAAAUUUAAUGCCAAACUUUUUGUAAAGAAAAAUGAAAAGAGAGAAAUAUUUUAAUAUAUUAUCUGAAAUUCCAAUAUUUAAUAAAUCCUUUAAAAGAAAGACUAUAUUAAAUAUUUGUGAUAUUAUUUAAGAAAAAGUAUUGCAUCCUAAUGAAACUUUAGAGUAAAAAUAAGCUUUAUUUAUUCAUUUAUAAGGAUUAAUUUAAUUGGUUUAAAAAGGUAAUACAUCAUUAUAAGAAUUUAAAUUAACAAAAAUAAAAAAUCCAUUUUAAAUCUUUAAUAAUGAAGCAUUUUUUAAAAAUUAAAUAUAAGGAAUAUAAUUUGAAAGUAUUGGAUACUCAAAGGUUGCUUAUUUAAAUUCUUAAUAAUUUCAUUAAUUAAUAAAAUAAUUUCCAAGAGAAUUCUAAAAAUACAGAAUGUUAGUAGAUACAAUAAUAUUAGAUAAUGAUCCAUAUUUAGCAAAGAUUUCUUGUUUUGGAUGUCAACAAGCUCAUGAUAUAAUAAAUUGUCCUUUUGUAAGUUAUAAGCCUAAUAAAUAUUUGUUAAUAAAUAGUUCCAAGAUUUCAAAAGAAUAGAGUAGAGUGACUGAUUUUAGAAGAGUAUUAUAUUUAUUAUUAUAUAAAUUAGGAAGUAUGUAAAAAAAAGAGGAAAAUAAUAAUAAGAUCUGAAAUCAAUUAAAAAGUUUCAGAAUCUUUUGAAUCAGAAGAGAAAGAUAAAGUUGAACCUUUUUAGAAAAUUCUUCCUUCAUAAAAUUCUUUAUUAAGUUUGAAUAAUAAUAAUAACAACAACCCAAUGAAUUAACUUGAAAUAAGUUCAGUUCCAUAUGUUAGUUAUACUCACAGUGGAUAAACAUUAUAUUCUAAAAAAAUAGAUUCAGAUAAUUUUAUAUCAGUUUAAGGGAUAAGUAGUAGUAAUAGUAGUAGAAAAAUAAUUUAGAAUGAAGUCAAAGAAGUAGGUUAAUCUAAAUUUUAAAAAUAUGGAUAAUAGGAACAAAUGAAUGGAUCUUCAUUUUAAUAUAAUCAUUUAUAAAAAGUAUAGGAUAGUUUUAUCAAAACUAAAGUUAAAUUGUAAAAAAAUAGAGCUGAAAAGUAAGCUUAAUAUUAGAAAUUUUAAACAGAGAUUCCUUAAAAAUAAUAAUAAAGAGAUUCUAGGAAAAAUUAAACAAUGAUAAAUAAUGACUAUGAAUUAGUAGAUAAUCAGAAAAAGAGAAGAAUUUCAAUUGAAGGUAAUUUUUUACAAUCAUUUGAAAAAAAUAGUUAUUUUGAUGACUAUUUUCCAAAUUACAAUGUAGAUUAAUAAAUAAAUAAUUAUUAUAGAAUAUAAUCUAUUAAUAAAGAUAGUAAUUAAUGA